AUGUCGCAGGACUCUCAACGUGCAGGUUCCUCGUCAAGAGAUUCACCUCAAAACGACGACCGCGCAAUUGAUAACGAUCGUGGUUUAGCAAACAGCCGCAACACAUCCCGUCGGCCCCCACUGCGGACACGACCCCAGUCAUGGCAUCCAUAUGGACCCGUGGAGCCACCAUUAGAGGCAAUCUCAUCUCGACCCAUUGGGGUUCAUGCCAUCCUCAACCCCCCAUCACAUACAACCAAAGAGCUGGGCACAGCUAGCAAACGUGAAUCGCUUACGCUACCUGGUCAACCAUCUUCGCCUCGACCCCAUGGCUCCUCGCCAACGACUCGCCCAUCACGCUCUUUGGUACCUCAGCCACUAUCUCCUCGAUCCCAUGCACGCCCAUUGAUGAACCCAGCUUCUCCCUCGGCACGGUUUGUUGGCGGGGGUGGUAGGACUUCUGGACAAUCGAGCGUCGCACAGUCACCGCUAGUUCCUCAGGAACAUUUGAUGGGCCCACGUCUUCCCACCUCUAGUUCGCCUUUGCCACUAGAGGCGGGUCUACGACCAAUAGCAUCUCUCACAAGCUCACAGCCUCCUGUCUCGGUUUCGCUGCAUUCUACGCCUAGCCUGCAUUCUCGACGAACAAGCGCUGGUCCAGGACCUCUCACCAACCCGAGCUCUCAAGAAACGAGUCCCAGCACACCUCAUUCGACCUUUAGCCCGUUUGGACGUGUAUCUCCAAAUGUGACUAAUGCCUCCCUCUCACAAAGCGCUACAUCCCAUCCUACUGCACAUCCCCCGUACAUGACCAUGGAUCCAACGAGCCGGGCAACCCCCGCACCCAAAGCCCCCAGAAGUCAGGAAGAAAACCCAUCCCGAGCGGGAACACCGCAAGGCAGUUCAUUCCCAUCGGGAAUGAUCCCGUGCGUGCUGGACAUGCGAUCCGGUUCGAGCAGCCAAGCGGAAAAACGCAAAGCGAACAGCGAUGCAUCACGACGCUUCCGCAAUCGCAAACGCAACGAAAUGCAACUCGAGCAGCGGCUCACUGCACAGCAGGAUGAGAUCACACGCAGCGUAGAGACUAUUCGCCGCCAAAGCGAUGAGAUUCGCUCUCUCCUCCAACAAAGAGACCACUACCGCUCCGAGCGCGAUUUUUACCGCGAGAAUCUUGACCGCACAAUCUCUACGGGCUCCCUACCACCAAGGCCGCCAUCCCCACGCUCUGCCCAACCCGCUCUCCUCGCAUCUGAAAGUGCUCCAUCCACAUGGUCGGGCGCUGAUGCUGCCCGAUCCGUUUCAGGCACACAAGCGGCCCCGGGUGCCCCAAAGGGAAGAUUGGACUCGACUCACUCCCAGCCUGGUUGGCCGGCAAACCCCCCCGUAUUCGACUGGCCCGAUCAAACCUACCGCACGAAGUGCUGUUACGCCUGCUGCAUCGCCGUCCCUAUCCGGGGGCCCUCUGCCGCCGCUACAGGGCUCUUGGCCACGUCCUUGAAUUGUCACAUAUAA